AUGGGCCACGCAAAAGAAGCAAACGCCAAAGCCGUCGGCGCUGAACUCGCUGCCGUCCUACCGGAUAUUGGCCCCUGGUACAAGCAGCCCCAUAUCCUCCGCCUGAAUCUCUGCAUCGCCUCCCUCAUCAUGUGUGCCUCCGCGAACGGGUACGAUGGCUCCAUGAUGAACGGCCUCCUUGCGCUACCCCAGUGGCAUGCCUUCAUGAAGCAACCGACAGGUGCCUGGCUAGGCUUUGUCAACGCCGCCUACUCCCUCGGCAACGUCCUCGUGUACCCCGUCGCUGCGUGGGUCUGCAACAAGUACGGCCGCAAGAUGGGCAUCUACAUCUCGUGGGUCUGUCUGGGCACCGGAUCCAUCCUGCAGACUGCAGCACCCAACGACGCUGCCUUUGUUUGCGCUCGCUUUCUCAUCGGCUGUGCUUCUGGGUUCUUUCUCUCAGCACCUCUUUUGAUCACGGAAAAUGCGUACCCAACACAUCGAGGGAUGGUGUCUGCUCUAAACCUUGAUCACUGGGCGUGGAGACUGCCCUCGCUGUUGCAAGUGACUCUGCCCGUGCUCUCGAUCCCCGGUCUUCUCUUCAUCGGGGAGUCUCCUAGGUGGCUUGUCUCGGUAGACCGAACCGACGAAGCGAGGACCAUUAUUGCUCGAAACCACGCCGGCGGCGACACCCACUCACCUCUCGUUAACUUUGAGAUGAUGGAAAUCGAAGACACUAUCCGAGCGGAGAAGGAAGCUCAUUCGGAGACAAAGUGGUCUGAUCUCUGGGCUACUCCCGGAAACCGACACCGACUCUUCAUCUCCGUCAGCUUGGGCGUAUUUGCACAAUGGUGCGGUGUCGGCGUCGUCAGCUACUAUCUGGCCAUGGUGCUUUCCUCUGUCGGCAUUACCUCUGUUGACGACCAGACUCUCAUUUCAGCUUGCAUCCAAAUCUGGAAUCUGAUAUGCGCCUCCACUGCUGCCAUCAUGGUUGACAGGGCUGGCCGGCGAGGACUGUUCCUUGCUUCGGGAACCAUCAUGUUGAUCUCGUUCUCCAUUGUCACUGGUCUCUCCGGUAGCUUCGCCAACACCGGCAACGCCCCAACCGGCACAGCAGUAAUCCCCUUCCUCUUCAUCUUCUACCUCGGCUACGACAUCGCCCUGACCCCGCUCAUGGUAUCCUACCCUGUCGAGAUCUGGCCCUACCGCCUGCGCGCCAAGGGCCUUACGGUAGCUCUCAUGGUGAGCAUCGGCUGCGUCUUUUUCAACACCUUCGUCAACCCUGUUGCCCUCGAGGCCAUUGAAUGGAAGUACUACUUUGUCUUCCUCGCCGUCCUCGUCAUCAUGCUCAUCAGCGUCUGGUUCUACUACCCCGAGACGAGGGGCCGGACGCUGGAGAACAUGGCGUACAUCUUUGAUGGUGAGUCUGCUGAGGUGGGCACGGGUAAUGCCUCGAGCGCACUCAAGGAGGCGGAGGCUUCUCAUGUGGAGGUCACGCACAAGAGUUAG